AUGUAUAAUCCAAACCAGAGAUAUACACAGCAAUCUUCACAACCACAACAACAGCAACGUUCAUCAUAUCCUUAUCAGCCAUUCCAACCUUCCCCCCAACAAACACAAGCCAGUCCUAGUAUACUUCAAUCAGGUCUACCAAAUCAUAAUACUCAAAAUUCUCACUUUAAUAAUUUUAGCUCGUCACCUGCUGCAAAUUAUCCAAGAUUAAAUAAUAGUAAUGAUAUACGUUAUAGUGGUGCUCAUUUAGGUUCUCACCAACCAUCUCCUCAACAACAUUUGCAACCUGCAAAUAAUGCUUGGAAUAAAAGUUGGGGUACUGAUAUCAGUGGUGCAAAUGCUGCUACUUCUCACAAUCAACAUGGUAUGAUAUCAACCAGUAGUAUAUAUGGUAAUGCUUCGUCUACUUCUAAUAACUCAAAUCAAUCCUUUAUUGCUACAACAAAUUACUUACAACAACAAAACCCAUCACAACGAUGGCCAGUAGAUGCUACUAUUUCUUCGAUUGGCAUAAAUCCACUUGGUCAUUUUGUAUCAGACGUCGAUAAUUCGUACAAUCAUCAAAUAGAUAUUCACAAUUAG